GCUGGUGGGGGCGGGUCACGCAGAGCGCGCGACCGGGAGCAGCGCUGGUGGCUGCGGCGGCGGAGCUGCGGGCCGGGAGCCGGCGCGGGUCUCUGGAUAAGCGAAGCGCCGCGCAGUGCUGAGCCCGCCGCCCACCGUGGAGCCAUGGAGAUCGGCACCGAGAUUAGCCGCAAGAUCCGGAGUGCCAUUAAGGGGAAAUUGCAAGAAUUAGGAGCUUAUGUCGAUGAAGAACUUCCUGAUUACAUUAUGGUGAUGGUGGCCAACAAGAAAAGUCAGGACCAAAUGACAGAGGACCUGUCCCUGUUUCUAGGGAACAACACAAUUCGAUUCACCGUAUGGCUUCACGGUGUAUUAGAUAAACUUCGCUCUGUUACAACUGAUCCAUCCAGUCUCAAGUCUUCUGAUACCAACAUCUUUGAUAAUAACGUGUCUUCGAACAAGAGCAGUUUCUGUCGGGGGGACGAGAGAAGGCAUGAAGCUGCAGUGCCACCCCUUGCCCUCCCUAGCACAAGGCCUGAGAAAAGAGAUUCCAGGGUUUCUGCUAGUUCGCAGGAGCAGAAAACCACUAAUGUUCGACAGACUUAUGAUGAUGGAGCUGCAACCCGAUUAAUGUCAACUGUGAAGCCUCUGAGGGAGCCAGCACCCUCUGAAGAUGUGAUUGAUAUUAAGCCAGAACCAGAUGAUCUCAUUGAUGAAGACCUCAAUUUUGUGCAGGAGAAUCCCUUAUCUCAGAAAAAACCAACAGUGACACUUACUUAUGGUUCUUCUCGCCCUUCUAUUGAAAUUUAUCGACCACCUGCAAGUCGAAAUGCAGAUAGUGGUGCUCAUUUAAACAGGUUGCAAUUUCAGCAGCAACAAAACAGUAUUCAUACUGCCAAGCAACCUGAUUUACAGAACAGCCGGCUAUAUGAAACAGGACGCUUGUGUGAACCAGAAGUGCUUAACAGCUUAGAGGAGACUUACAGUCCCUUCUUCAGAAACAGCUCAGAAAAAAUGAGUAGCGAGGAAGAAAACUUUCGGAAGAGAAAGUUGCCUGUGGUAAGUUCAGUUGUUAAAGUAAAAAAGUUCAAUCAUGAUGGAGAAGAGGAGGAGGAAGAUGAUGAUGGUGGGUCCCGUACAGGAAGCAUCUCCAGCAGUGUGUCAGUGCCAGCAAAGCCUGAAAGGAGACCUUCACUUCCACCUUCUAAACAAGCUAACAAGAAUCUAAUUUUGAAGGCUAUAUCUGAAGCUCAAGAGUCUGUAACAAAAACAACUAACUAUUCUACAGUCUCACAGAAACAGACACUUCCAGUUGCUCCCAGAACUCGAACUUCUCAAGAAGAUUUGCUGGCAGAAAUGGUCCAGGGGCAAACCAGGACCCCCAGGAUAAGUCCCCCCAUUAAAGAAGAGGAAACAAAAGGAGAUAAUAUAGAAAAAAGCCAAGGAACUCCACAGAGGCAGUUGUUAUCCCGACUGCAAAUCGACCCCGUAAUGGCAGAAACUCUGCAAAUCAGUCAAGAUUACUAUGACAUGGAAUCCAUGGUCCAUGCAGACACCAGAUCAUUUAUUCUGAAGAAGCCAAAGCUGUCUGAGGAAAUAGUAGUGGCACCAAACCAGGAGUCGGGAAUGAAGACUGCAGAUACCCUUCGGGUACUUUCAGGACACCUUAUGCAGACACGAGAUCUUGUACAACCAGAUAAACCUGCAAGUCCCAAGUUUAUAGUGACGCUGGAUGGUGUCCCCAGCCCCCCAGGAUACAUGUCAGAUCAAGAGGAGGACAUGUGCUUUGAAGGAAUGAAACCUGUAAACCAAACUGCAGCCGCGAGCAAGGGACUCAGAGGUCUCCUCCACCCACAGCAGUUGCAGUUGAUGAGCAGGCAGCUUGAGGACCCAAAUGGUAGCUUUGCAAAUGCUGAGAUGAGUGAACUGAGUGUGGCCCAGAAGCCAGAAAAACUUCUGGAGCGUUGCAAGUACUGGCCCGCCUGUAAAAAUGGGGACGAGUGUGCUUACCAUCACCCUGUUUCACCUUGCAAAGCCUUCCCCAAUUGUAAAUUUGCUGAGAAGUGUUUGUUUGUUCAUCCAAACUGUAAAUAUGAUGCCAAAUGCACUAAACCAGAUUGUCCCUUCACUCAUAUGAGUAGAAGAAUUCCCGUACUGCCUCCCAAACCAGCAGUUACAACACCAGCAUCACCUUCGAGUAGUCAGCUGUGCCGUUAUUUCCCUGCUUGUAAGAAAAUGGAAUGUCCCUUCUAUCAUCCAAAACACUGCAGAUUUAACACUCAGUGUACCAGGCCUGACUGCACCUUCUACCAUCCAGCCAUUACUGUGCCGCCGCGACAUGCCUUGAAAUGGAUUCGACCUCAAACCAGUGAAUGACAGUCCUACUUGGCAGAAGAUUGUGGAAUUUGAAAGUUUCCAUCUACUGAUGAAAGAUACUCUGCAGAACUUGUCAAAUCUUUAAAACUUGGAAUAUAUAUUGCUUUCUAAUAUGAAGUUUAUUGCCUAUCUGAAGUGUCUAAUUUUUCUAGUUUGUAAGUUUAUUAAGUGGUUUUAACGUUGUUUGUUUUGACUAUGAAAAGACAGUUUAAAGCAAAAGCUGAAUUCCAUUAAAAUAUUUGAGGCAUAUUUGGACACUGCCGUUCUCAGUGCGGUGGCACCGUCAGUUCUGAUAAAAUCCACUCUGAGGUUGAUGUGUGUUUAGUGAGUUCUCACUUUUCCUAAGGAUUGUCCACUGUGAAAACAGGAGUGGCCAAAGUGUAAUAGCCAUUCAAUCUGCUUUUUAAUUUUAAGUGAAUUUAGUUUGAAAAGCAUGGUAAUUUGAGUUUUUGGGAUUGAGUGAUGCUUUGGUAAAUGGUUCCCAGAUAGGAUGUUUCCGGGAAAGACCGCUGGAAUGGCAAGUGUGAAAAAAUAGCAACAGUUCCUUAAAAUGCUUUACUAUUAACAUACACUUUUUAAAUAAAUAUUUUGGGAAUGCA